AAAAUUAUCCACAAAACCGCUCCCCUCCUCCACGGCAACCUUUUCAUCCAGCAGAUAGUUUUACAACACCGGCAGCGAAGUAAAUUGUGUUCAUCGCUUAAAAAUAUCCCAGAACACUUGAAAAAUGUCGAAAAUUCUGCUACUUGCUGUAAUUCUUGUCGCAUUUUCGCUCCAAAAAAGCGAAGCGGCCUUAAAAUGCUACUACUGUUUGGAGGCAUGCGAAGUGUCGAAAGCCGAAUUUAAAACUUGUGGGCAAAAUAUUGGGGCGUCCCAGGAAGCUGUUUGUACCACCGAAAUGGCCAAAGACAGCAAGACUCCAAAUAUGGCAAUAAGAAAAUGCCAAAUCGUCACCAAAGACAAGGAACCUGCAUGUCCACAGAACUCCGAAUGUAAGAGUUGCAAAAGCGAGUUGUGUAACUCUGCUACAAGUCUCGGUGCCAGCAUGACUCUCUUUGGCAUCGUUUCAGCUGUGUUUGUUACCAAAUUUUUGUAAAUUAAUGUUUAAUUUCAAUUUUUUUGUAAGAUAAUGUUUAAUAAAAUGAUAACUAAGUGGAA